AUGGACGACGACGGCGGAAUGUCGCUCUUCGAGGGGAUGGACUUCGUCGAUCCCUCCACGCUCCUCUCCCCACCCCGCGCCGUCAAUGCCGCAAGCACCCAGUCAUUCGUGUCUCCUGACUCCUCCCCCGCCGCUCCUCCCACCGACGCGCAGCACCAAGAGCUUUCCUCAGCAGGCGAUCUCGCCAAGCCGGGCUCUUCCUCUCAAUCCCCGAUACAAGCCUCCUCAUUCGCUUCGUUAAAGGCGUCUGAAGCUCCGGACAGCACAGACGAAGCGAGAAAGUCCGCACCGCUGGACGCUUCGCUGUUCACUUCGGAACCCGCAGCCACACUAGCAGACACGUCACCAGCCACGUCAGCAGUCUCUGCAGCAGCCAUUGCGGAAUCAGCGACGGGUACCUCGUCACUGCUGUCUCACGCGGCCGCCUUGGCAGCCCUCUCGCCUUCUGUUGCCGUCCUCUCGCCGUCCCUGCUUCCUGUAACGGCCACGGCCGGCAGCGGCGGGUCGCCCAUUACCGGCUCACCCAGCGCCAGCGUGGCAGGCUCGGCGGCCUCCUCAGGCGGCGUGUUGGCCAGUUCCGUUGCCAAGCCUGUCGGCCUGGUUCGGAAAAAGAAGCGGAGCAUCAGGAUCGGGUACGAGCGGGAAUCUGCGGAGGAGUCAACAGGUUCGGCAGGGGUAGUGGCGGCGAGAUCGGCGGACUCGAGUGGCAGUAGUGGCGCAGCGGGUUUGGCAAGUUCGCGGAGCAGCCAAUCAGAGACUGAGAUUGUUUCCGCCGACGGAGGGGAAGGCGGGGCAGGGCGAGCGGGCAGGGGGAGUGUUGCGGAAGAGCAGGGGGAGGAGGGGGGCGAUGGAGUGUUGCAGCAAGGAGUGGCGGGGAAAGAAACGGCGAGUGGUGACGGUGGAGAUGGGUGUGGCACCGCUGGUGCGGGUGGCAAGGGAGCCAAGGGUAUAGAUGAUACUCGUGGCUCUGAUGCUGCUGCUGCUGACGACAGCAAAGCAGGCAGUGACGUGAUGACAGAUGAGACGAAGAGUGGUGUGAUUAACGCGCCCUCAGCAGCCAACGGGAUUGCAGAAGGAAUUGAGGUGGAUGAGACGAAGACGGUCGCGGAGGAAGCAGCAGAAACGGCUGACGUGGCAGGAAGUGAAGUAGUGGGGCCUCAGGAGGGAGAACAUAAAGUUGCUGACCUGUCGCCUCCUCCAGCCGUGUCAGCCGCCCCUGUUGAUGCAGCCACGUCAGGCCCGGACGAGGCAGGAAGGGACGGAAUGGAGACAACAGGGGCAGACAGGGAAGAAGGGACAGCACAGACAGAAGAGGCACAAGGGAAGGAGGCGGGAACAGACGAGACAGCAGGAGCCAUGGCGACAGGGCGGGACGACACAGGGGGUGCGGAGGGUGGGGAUGGAGAGAACGAUGGGGAGGCAGAAGCUGGUCUCGGGGGAGAGCUAGAGCAACAAGUAAAGCGCCUCCUUGCUGACGUGGCAGCUAAUCUGACCGCUGUGCAGGCCAAGAUCCGCGAUGCCACAUCAGCACGAAAAUGGGCGGUCCAGAUGCGCCGGCAGGCAGCCCAGCGGGCGGCAGCGGCAGCGAAGCGAUUGGAGGAGAUUGAAGCUGAGCUGGCAGCGGCAUGCGAGGCGGAGGAGUUUGAGCUAGCGGACGAGCUGAGCCAGCGGGCGGAGCGGGCGGCGGGCGAGGUGAAGGACUGGGGCGGCGAGGUGGCGCAGGCGGAGGAGCAGGUGGCGCGGUGCAGCGCUGACGUGCUGCGGCUGACCACUGAGGAGGCGGAGAUUGAGUGGCGGGAUGGUGAGUGGCGGGAUGGUGAGUGGCGGGAUGGUGAGUGGCGGGAUGGUGAGUGGCGGGAUGGUGAGUGGCGGGAUGGUGAGUGGCGGGAUGGUGAGUGGCGGGAUGGUGAGUGGCGGGAUGGUGAGUGGCGGGAUGGUGAGUGGCGGGAUGGUGAGUGGCGGGAUGGUGAGUGGCGGGAUGGUGAGUGGCGGGAUGGUGAGUGGGGGGAUGGUGAGUGGCGGGAUGGUGAGUGGCGGGAUGGUGAGUGGCGGGAUGGUGAGUGGCGGGAUGGUGAGUGGCUGGAUGGUGAGUGGCGGGAUGGUGAGUGGCGGGAUGGUGAGUGGCGGGAUGGUGAGUGGCGGGAUGGUGAGUGGCGGGAUGGUGAGUGGCGGGAUGGUGAGUGGCGGGAUGGUGAGUGGCGGGAUGUUGAGUGGCAAGCGGCAGCAGCUGCCGCGGAAGCCAAGCAGGCAGCGCAGCAGCAGGGCGAGGAGGAGGAGGGGCGGGUGGCAGCAGAGGAGGCUGACGUGGACAUUAAGAAGCGCAAGCUGGCAGUUGAGCGGCGCGUGCUGGACGAGGAACGCGCUGAGCUGGCAGCCAAGGUGGAUGCUGCCACAUCAGCGGAGCGCCAGGAGCGUGCCGAGCUGGAGAAGGGGCGUGCUGAGCUGGAAGCUGAGCUGGCAGCGCUGAUGGAGCAAGUGCAUGCAAAGGAGCAGGAGAUAGAGCAGCAGAGCAUGCUUAUAGCGAAGGUGGAUGGGAAGAUCUCAGCCGUUGCUGGCAGGUUUGAGAAAGAGCUGAGUGGUGCACGGCAGAGGGCCCAGGAGGAGCUGGCGGCGGUGCACCAGCGCCUGGCAGCCGCCGCCCGCCGCAUCCCCGAGCUCGACGCUCAGAAGAAGGCGGCGGCCGCCGCCCGGAACUUCAAGGAGGCCGCCCGGCUGGCCGCAGAAGCAAAGCUGUUCUCCAACGACCGGGAGGCUGCAGAGCGGCAGGUGAAGGAGUAUGAGGAGGAGAUUGGCAGGGUGGAGCGGGAGGAGGUGGGGAAGCAGGAGGAGGUGCGGGCGAUGGAGGAGAUGGUGAGGGAGCGAGAGAGAGAGGUGGGCACAGCGCGGUGUGCACGGCUGAGACUGGUGGCGGCAGUGGCGCGGCGGGAGAUGGAGGCGGCGGCGGAGGGGGAGGACUGGGAGGAGGCGGAGGGGCUGCAGGGGGAGGCGGAGGCGGCUGAUGGGGAAGCGGACGCGCUGCAGCUGCAGUGGGGGCUGCAGGGGGAAGAGUACGAGAGGAGGGAGUGA